AAAUAUUGUUUUCUGUUCUCACUCGAUCCGUCGUUCAUUCUUUCGUGUGUUCAUGUAGUCAUGUCUGAUACGAGAUCUCUUGUGGCCAUCGGUAAGAACUGAGUGGAGGAUACACGCCAUCUCGUCUUCUUUUUCUCUCGCAAGUCGCGAUCCACGUCCUGGAAUCGAUCACAGAGAAGAUCGAUUUCGGAAACUUGGCGAUCAGAUUAUUGAAUUUUGAAUUUUCUAUUUUCUAUUGAUAACUGUUCCGUUCUUCCUUUGACUCGGUUUAGAUUAUCUUUUCCUUCUCUUCUGUUUUCUUCCGCUUCCUGUUGGAACUUGGACUCUUCUUUCCCGAUCGGCAUAAACUUAAAUUGUGGAAAGAAUUUUCAGCCUGGAUCUGGGAAUCGGAUUGGGCUACCCACACCACGGUGGUGUCUUUGGCUUUCUGAUAUCGAGGAUCGAUCACGUCAGAUCAGCUCUUCUCCCCCUUUCCUGGGAACAUCCGUUAUUUGUUUAAGGAAAUUCACUCAUGCUUGUUGCGGUCUGCAAUCACUGGGCUGGUUUUGUCUACAGUCAGCUACGAAGCCGUGGAUAGCAACUUUUGACAAAUCUGUAUUUACGUAUUUACGUAUUCUGUUGGUUUCACUUGCUGCGUCACAGUUUGAGUUUGUUAUUUUGGAGUUAAAUUUGCUUGGAGGCAAAAACAUAGCUAAUCGCUGUGAGAUUUUUUAUAGGAAUUGAUUUGCACGGGAACGGGAUCUCAGAGAAUAAAAAAGUUAUCGUUUUUCACCCCUCCCGAUGUCAUCAGAUUCGCUGAGGUUACCAAUGGUUGAUUGCCGGAGCUUGAUUGAGUUCUGCAAAGCUUUUGAGCAGCAUAGGAAUAUGGCAAAUUCGAUGGGCGCAUCUGAACAUCGGAGCAAUCAAGGUCAUGUUCGUAGUAAGAAGCAUGGCAGUUCCUUAAACCCGUUAUCCCAUCCUUUUUGCGAUCACUCGCCAUUUGCUGCCUUUGACAUUAUUAUAUUGCUUCUGGUACUCGGAGCACUGGGGGUUUUGACAGUGCCUUACUUCAAAUUCAUAUUCCGAGAAGCUUCAGAGCUUCUUCCUAUGGUUUGGGUAUUCAUUGGUGAUGUUAUAAACAAUGCACCAAUGGCAUAUGCAGCUGGAUUAGUUGUAACGUUUGUCACCAUGAUCGCAGUGUGGGAGAUUGUCCAUCACAGAUCUAGGAAGUGUGGGAACCCUUUCUGCAAGGGUCUUCGCAAGGCAGUGGAAUUUGAUAUCCAGCUUGAAUCAGAAGACUGCGUGAGGCACUUGCCGCCAGUGCCAGAGGAUGCGUAUGGUGUUCAACCACUUGAGUUAGGGCAGGAUCACAAGGAAUUAGAAGCUGAAUUGAAGCGGAUGGCACCACUUAAUGGUCGUACUGUACUCAUCUUUCGAGCACCAUGUGGAUGUCCUGCUGGUAGAAUGGAGGUCUGGGGGCCUAAGAAGCUUCGUAGAAUUAAGAAGUAGAUAAAGGCAUUUGGGUCACUCCACUGUUACUUUUAAUUUCUUUCUUUCUUUCUUUCUUUUAUUAAUAAUAAACUAAAACUAUGAAGAAUCCAGUUGGAUCUUGGCUAGUAGUUCCCCACUUUGAAAUAAGUGACAUCUCACAUUUGAUGGGGAGUCUUGUAUCUUUCUUUUCUUUCAUUAUAUACGAUGGUUCAGACUAACAUUCAGUUAGCCUUAUUAA